CCUGAGCCGAUCAUGUCAUAAGGUGCAGAGAUUGAUGAGCGUGUUGACCUUGAUGAGGAAAACUACAUGGAAGAAAUGGAUGAUGAUGGAGGCGAAGAUGAUAAUGCUGAAGGUAGUGUCGAAGAACAUGAAUAUGAAGAGUCAGCAGCGGCAGAGGCUGGUCGGAAAGACCAAUUUCUCGAUGCUGAAAAAAGUGACCUUGCCACGGAAGAAGAUGGGCAAAAACCAUCUCUCAUUGAUGAAGAAGAGAAAGAGAAGCCUGAUGAACUUCUUGCUCUUCCUCCUCAUGGUUCUGAAGUCUUUAUUGGUGAACUUCCUCGUGAUACAUGUGAAGAUGACUUAAGGGAACUGUGUGAGCCAAUGGGGGAUAUUGUUGAGGUUCGGCUAAUGAAAGACAUGGACACCAGAGAAAGCAAGGGUUAUGCUUUUUGUGGCGCGUUUAAAACAAAAGAGGUGGCAGAGAAGGCCACCGAGAGUUUACAUAGCAAGGAAUUUAAGGUAUUUGAGCUAAUGAUCCUCUCUUUGGCUUCUGCUUCUUCUUUCGUUGUUUCUCUCUUUGUUGGUUCUUCUCUUUGA